AUGGAUGACACGAUCGAUGGCAGCAUCCUGAGGCCCAGUUUGGGUCACCUGAUAGUCUUCGAGCCACUGGCUAAGCUGAGCAAAGCCACGUCUGAUGCCAGACAUCGCUCUGAUGGUCACGCGACCGAGAGUCAGGGGGUCUUCGAUAUUGACCGGGAACGAUACGUGGGCGCAGAUCAAUCAGCUGUCAACAUUGACGGGCUUCCUUCGCGAUCUAAUUCAUUUUCAAUACGGUUGGCGACCGAACGAGACGAUCAUCGCGGCGCACACUGGGCGACCAGCGCAGUCGUGAUGGCGGAGCAGAGUGCUACACGCGAUCAAUCUCACCCUCCUCUGAACAUAUACAGUGACGUCAGGUUCGGCCUCGAUUCUGACUGGCCUCCAGGUCAGCAUGGUGAGCUCCUCUGUUACCAUGAUGAUCGUCGAGGUGCCGGAUACAGUCGAGAGCAGACAUGGGCAUGA